AUGGAUUCUUUAGAAUAUAGUGAUUCAUCAUCUGUUAGUUAUCUUAAUUCAAAUCACGGUAUUGAAUUUGAUGGACGAUCAUAUGCAUUAUAUGAUCCUAAUUUUAAAAUUUAUGAUUCAUUUACUAUCAAUUUUCAACUACAAACAUUUGGUGCUGAUGGUCUUCUUUUAUGGAUUCAUGAUCCUUUACCAGAUUCAAGUUUUACAAUUGAAAUUCAAAAUCGACAGCUCAUAGCUCGAGCUGUUGCACGUGGUCAACCAUAUAGUGUUCGUACAAAUUUUUCAAAAAAUCGUCUAUGUGAUGGUAUAUGGCAUUUUGUUCAAAUACGUCUUGAUGGUAGUUCACUUUCAAUGAAAGUUGAUAAACGACAAUAUACUAAAACUGAAGCACGUGUUCGUUCACUUGAUUUACAUGGUCCACUUUUUAUUGCUGGUCAUUCGGAAAAAUAUACUCCAACAUAUUUAUCAGUUCGUACAAAACAAUUUUUUCAUGGAAAUGUACGAAAUUUAAAAAUCAAUGAGAAACAAAUUGAUUGGCUUGCACCACGUCGUACUGUAGCAACACCUGAUUAUUAUCAUCUUACUUCAGCAAUAUUAUCAACCGUUAAUGAUCAAUUAGAUUUCGAUCCAACAACAAUAGUCAAACGUACACCAAAAACGAUAUCAUCAUCUUUAAAAUGA